UCAUCCUGUAACCUGUUCUGCUCGGGACGUAUUUGUGAAUGCACUGGCAUGAACUGAGUACCUGGACAAUAAGGUCAGACAGACAACCAGCAGAUCUGUGCAGCCUUCUGGACUGAUGUGAUUGUCAGUCUCUGUGGUGGUGCUGCUGCUUGCAGAGGAUAUUAAGGACUUCCAUCCUGGAAGAUAAGAUCUGUUCCUGGAGAGAAAGACUUCUUAGCCACCCCCUUUAUAAGGCAGGGCUCACUUGGAGAGUUGCCAUGAAAAACUGUGCCAAAGGAGGACAGGGGAUGCAGGAGCCAACGAAAAGAGGAGCAAUUUUUUUAUGCAUUCAUGCUAUGAUGGAAAACUAAUACUUUUGCUCUAAAGUACUGAUUUGGGGAUUGAAGACAAUUCAUAUAAUUCUGAUGCGCUUUGGAGAAAUUUUUAUCACUCUGCAGCGGACUUUGAAAGUUUUUUCCUUCCCCUCCUCCAGCCUCAUCCUGCAUCGGAGAAUCUAGACUCCUGCGGAAGGGACGCUACAGAAUCUCACCUGGCCUUCAGGACUCGCUGCUAGUUGAGCAUAUUUACGGAUGUGGUAAAUCCAGGAGCCACAGAAUCACACAUCGGUCAUGUAAAUAAAACGAAUUAAAGGGUAUAAAAAAGGAGAAGUGCGCGCUCUCGGCGAAGCGCAGCAUCAGCACCAGCAUCCGAUGCGCGUCCCCGCCCCGGUAGAGGCUGCCCGAGAUCCCGGGAAGAGGUGCUGGAUCUGCGCGAGUUAAAGUUGGGCUGAAGGGGGGUGAGAGGAUGCUGCAGAACAAUCUACGGUCUAAUUAACAUAGCCUAUGCGGGGAAACGUGUCCUAAAUGAAGGAUGACUUGCAAAAUACUGAGCAUAUGCCUCUUGUUUUUGGGUUUUCAAGAUUGCUCAUCACGAGAAUGUGUUGAUCCGCUCAUCUCUGGGCUGUAUGCCUCCUCCUUUCUGGCCUCUUCCAGAUAUAACUUCCUGUACUCCGCCAAUUUUGCCAAACUCUAUGGCAGCAGUGGCUGGUCGCCUUCUCCUCGGGACAGACAGCCAUGGCUGCAGAUAGACCUGGGCAGGAAGUACCGACUGAGGGCAAUCGCCACCCAGGGGACCUUCAACUCAUACGACUGGGUCACCAAGUACACGCUGCUCUACGGAGACCGUCCAGACUCCUGGACGCCGUACAUCAUGAAUGGAGGCAACUCUACUAUGCCUGGUAACUGGAAUUAUUAUCAGGUGAAGAGGAAUGUCUUCCAUUACGCCUUCACUGCUAAACACAUCCGUCUGCUGCCUCUGGCAUGGAACACAGAGAAUGGAGGGAAGAUUGGUGUGAGGCUGGAGCUCUUUGGCUGCUCUUACGAUUCCUAUGUAGUGCAGUAUAAUGGGGAUGACUCAGUGGUCUACAUGUACCCAGAAAAAAGAUCCCGCACACUGCAAGACCACAUUGCCAUAAAUUUCAAGACUCUAGAGCAGGACGGCCUCCUGUUACACAGCGAGGGGAUCCAGGGAGACCUCUUCACCCUGGAGCUGAAGAGGGGCCGUCUUUACCUCCACAUCAGCCUUGGAAGCAGCGUCGUGCACAAAGUCAGUGGCCGAACCACACUGACUGCAGGAAGCCUUCUUGAUAAUCUACACUGGCACUAUGUUACUAUCAAGCGCUAUGGUCGACAGGUGAACUUCACAGUGGAUAGUCAGACAGUGACAGCUAUCUGCAAUGGCGAUUUUACUCACCUGGAUCUCGAUACACAGAUGUAUGUAGGAGGAGUAAUAGAGCAGAACUUGCCACACCUACCAACCACACCAAAUUUUCGUGGCUGCCUGGAAAAUGUCUUCAUCAAUGGCAUCAACAUCAUCGACAAGGCCAAGAAUGAAGACUCUGACAUCCGUAUACCACGGAGGAAAAAGAUGCAUUACGCCUGCCGUGACAUCCUCCUCAAACCCAUGACCUUUGCUGGGCCCAACAACUACCUGCAGGUGCCAGGCUUCUUCAGGAGGCCUCGCAUGUUUGUCAAGUUCAAGUUCCGCUCGUGGGACUACACGGGGCUGCUAAUGUUCACUCGCUUUGCAGAUGAUCUUGGUGCGCUCGAGUUAGGCCUGAGUGAGGGGCAGAUCAAUGUCACUAUAUUCCAGCCUGGCAAGAAGAAACUACAGUUUGCUGCAGGAUACAGACUAAAUGACGGUUACUGGCAUACAGUGGAUUUAGCAGCAAGAGACAACCUCCUGACUCUCACCAUCGAUGAGGAGGAGGGUUCGCCACUAAGGAUCACCAACCCUUUCACCAUCCGCACAGGAGAUCGCUACUUUUUUGGAGGUUGUCCAAAAACCAAUAACACCAUAAGAAAGUGCGAGACCAAGUUAAAUCGGUUCCAUGGCUGCAUGCAGCAUAUCUUCAUAGACAACGAACAGCUUGAUAUAGACAUUAUCCUGCAGCGACAGUGGGGACGAUAUGCUGAGCUGUUGUUAGGCACCUGUGGGAUCACUGACAGAUGCACUCCAAAUCCAUGUGAACAUGAAGGCAGAUGCAUCCAGUCCUGGGAUGAUUUCAUCUGCCUGUGUGAGAACACAGGCUAUAAAGGAGAAGUGUGUCACAUGUCGGUUUAUAAAGAAUCAUGCGAGGCCUACAGACUCAGUGGCAAAUAUUGGUCUGGAAACUACACCAUCGAUCCUGAUCUCAGUGGGCCGCUGAAGCCAUUUGAAGUGUACUGUAAAAUGAAGUCAUAUAAAGCUUGGACAGUGAUUAUGCAUGAUCGAGUGGAUGGUACCAAGGUGUCUGGGAGUUCAAUAGACAAACCCUAUAUAGGAGAUGUUAACUACUGGAAUGCCUCCUGGGAUGAAGUCACUGCUCUUGCCAACACCUCCAUGUACUGUGAGCAGUGGAUUGACUACUCUUGCUAUAAGUCCCGCCUCCUCAACACCGGCAAUGGAAGACCUUUUGGUUACUGGAUUGGUCGCAACAAUGAGAGUCACUACUACUGGGGUGGGACAUUCAGAGAAGUUCAAAAAUGUGGCUGCUCCAUCAACCAAACCUGCGUUGACCCCAAGUUUCAAUGCAACUGUGAUGCCGACUAUAGACAAUGGUAUUCUGAUAAGGGCUACUUGGACUUCAGAGACCACCUGCCUGUGAGAAGGGUGGUGGUCGGAGACACCAACAGGACUGGCUCAGAAGCACAGUUCACAGUCGGGCCGCUCCGCUGCCACGGCGACAGAAACAUCUGGAACACCAUAGCCUUCAUCAAGCCCACCUACAUAACCUUCCCCACCCUAAAGCCUGCAACCACUGUUGACAUCUCCUUCCACUUCAAAACCUAUCGCGACCACGGUGUCUUCCUGGAGAACUCCGAUGACCACCUCAAAAACUUUAUAAGAGUAGAGCUCAAUACCACCCAUAAUCUUGUGUUUGUCUUUAUGGUUGGCGACGGCAUCCUUAAUGUGACCCUACGCUCACCUGUACCACUCAAUGACAAUGAAUGGCAUUUUGUUCAGGCAGAACUUAACGUAAAAUUGGCCCGAAUCAAGGUAGAUUAUCAACCAUGGGCUGUCACACGCUUCCCAGGUCAGACGUUUGUCACCAUGCAGUUCACACAUCCUAUCCUAGUAGGUGCAGCCAACCGCACCCUUAGACCUUUCUUGGGGUGUCUUCGGGGGUUACGGAUGAACGGUAUACCUUUUGAUUUAGAGGGGAAAGUAAAUGAAGAACAAGGCGUAAGAAGGAACUGUACUGGACAGUGUCUCAAUGCUACCAUACCAUGUAGAAACAGCGGCCAGUGUAUUGAGGGCUAUGCUUCCUACACAUGUGACUGCAACAACACAGCUUUCGAUGGUUUUUACUGCCAUAAAGAUAUUGGAGCUUACUUUGAAAUCGGAUCGUGGCUGAGGUACAACAUACGAAAGAAGCCCAUAACAGAUGAAGCGGCAUGGGCCAACUGGAUCGACCCUCACUAUGACAAUUUCAGCCUCGGCUACAAUGACACAGCAGAUGAUAUAGAAUUCAGUUUCAGCACAGUUCACACGCCAGCUGUACUGCUCUACAUCAGCUCCUUCGUCCAGGAUUACAUCGCCGUGAUCCUCAAGACUGAUGGUAGUGUAGAUCUGAGGUAUAAGCUGGGUCUCAUAACACACAAGUACCAGCUGACUCACCGAAACCUGGCCGAUGGAUACCCUCACUAUGUGAACAUAACCAGGCACAACAGAACCAUCAAAACACAGGUGGAUUACAUGGAACCCAUAGUGGAGAAGAUAACCUUGGUGGAAGAUGCCAGGUUUGACUCUCCAAAGUCCAUGUUCAUGGGCAGAGUGAUGGAGGUUGGUGACAUUGACUAUGAGAUUCAGAGACACAAUGCUCCAGGCUUCAUUGGCUGCAUAUCUGGGGUGCGAUACAACGUCUACGCCCCUCUGAAGGCCCUCUUCCGUCCCAAUGAAACAGACCCUCCGGUGACGACGCAAGGUUAUGUCUCUGAGUCCAACUGUGGUGCCUUCCCUCCUGUCCUGGGUUAUGUUCCAUGGGAGGUAGACCCCUGGUUUACUACCAUAGAGUAUUUUUAUAUCCACGAUGACCUCGGUCUGUUUUGGAUAACAGUUAUUGUCAUCCUGGCGCUGCUGAUGCUCUUCGGAGGCCUGUACAGCAUCUACGUCUACGCUUACCAGCAGAAGGGCAGUUACCACACCAAUGAACCCAAAAACCUGGAGUCUCCCAGCAGCUCCAGGCCACUGACUGAGACCUUGAGGAGAGAAAAAAAGAACCUCCCAGAAAUUGAAGAGGAGUUCAGGAGCGACUAGCAUCACCGGACCUCUGGGGCAAAGGGUGGGGUUUGACUAGGGGGGGAUGGAGCGAGGGAAAUAGCACUUACAAAAACCACAGAUACCUGUGUUAAGUUUUCAAAUUAUUUUCUUUUUUUUGGGUUUUUUUUUACAUUUUGGUUUGUGUUUCUUCCCCCGGUUGAGUGGGAUACGACGCCUGGUGCUCUAUAUAGUAUGUAUUUUGGUAAGUUCUAGUUUUGCUGGGUUCAAAAUUCAAAUUAAGCCCCAAGUUGCAUGAGUAGCCAACAAGUCUCACACUGUAUCACAGGGUGAAAUACUGAAGUGCCUCAUCUGAGCAAGCUGGAUCUGAAGUAACCAUAAUAGCUUAUUCAGAUAGGGUUUAGAUUAGCCACUGUGGGGGAAAAAGGGGAUUACAAGAGAUUUUUUAAUUGGAACAUCAACUUUAAGUAUUUAGGGUUUUAUUAAUUGAUUUCUUUUCUGAGCCAUUUUCAAGACCGACAAAAGCUACUGAAAGCUGACUGUAUACAUCUAAACUGUACCUUUUGAUGACAAUCUCUCACGGAGCCAUUUUUGACAUCAUAGCUCAUAAUCUGUCUUGAGUUAGAGUAGUGAGCACAACUAAGAGCUGGUGAACAAAAGCAAAAUGACAAAAGUACAAAUCAAACUAGUGUUCAUGAAUAAAAACAACUAACCCGAAGAUAGAGAGAGAACAUACUGACGAGCAUGGAGCUUUGAAAUGUUUAGCUUUGAAGACACAUUUAAAGAUUGUAAAAGGUAUCUACGCUUCUAUUUGUUGUAUUGCAGCCUAUAACAGUGCAUUACUUAUACAGAAUGGUACGUGUAAGUGGUUCAGAAUUGCCAUAGUGUCAGUAGAUAGCAGCUUUGCCGAUUACAGUACGCUCAGAUUCAUGACACUUUCUCAACCGUGGGGCUUUUGGGGAUGAGAGUGUAGUAGUUUGAAGUCACAGUACCUCUGGGUGUGAGAGCUAGCAGACCGUUGGUGUACUGCAGAAUCAAAGUCAAGGUGAUGAUGCUUGCCAGGGACAGAAAUAUCCAACUUCUCAUUCCUACCGUCUUACCUAUAUUAUGGUCAAGCUGCCAAUAGCUUGGUGCUACAGAGUGUUUGACUCAACAGGCAUCUCUGAUGACAGAGUUAUUUAAAAAGAUCAGUCCUUUCAAAAUACUUCCAUCUGCAGUAAUAACUUUCAGGGAACAGCUGCUCCCUAUGUGACCAUGUGGAGAAGCAUACACAUAAACACAUGCACACACACAGUAACAUAUGUACAGAGGACCACAAGAGUGUAAAUGCUAAUCUUUUGCUUCACACCGCUCCAAUAUUUUUGCUGUAGAACAGUAGCUGAUGACCAUGUCAUCGCUGCUGCUGCUGCUUGUUUAGCUGCUCCCAGUGGAAAGUUUAAAGAAAAAAAUAAGAAAAAAAUCCUACCUUGAGUCAAAUGAAAUUUCCUUUUAUGGGAAGAUGAAAUUUCAGUUGAUGUUUCAUGCAACCAAAGCUUAGGGCUAUCAUCACUCACUGCAGUUCUCCUUGACACUAAAGCACUGUUGUGUAUGUGGAAAAAAAGAAAAAAAUAGUAUUACAUUUGCAACAUGUCAGCUAUGCAUAUGUAGAGCAUGAGCGCACUUUGCAGUUACAUGCAAUAAUAUGAGCUUCUUCCAGUCACCGAUGAUGUUAAUUUGCAAAUGCACACUAGCAACUAGGAUGUAAUGAGUGUAUACGUGAAUAUAUGAAUAAUGUGUUAAGCGACUUUGUUAUUCCUAUAGUUUAUACAAAACAGUUAAAUGGAGAGGUUUGAAUGUAAAUCCUUUGACUCGGUAGCUUUUGUGAAUGCUCAGGAUAAAGAAAGUACAGUUCUAGUUCUCUGUAGCACUGAUACACCUCCUAAACAUUGUUGGUCCUCUUCCGUUGCAGAUGGGCAGAACUGUGCGAAAUUCAGGAUGUACAGUAAAUGUAAUUAAAAGCUGCAAUUACUGUAAAGGCAUGACUUGCCAAUAAUGUAUGAACAUGUACAGAUUUGGCCAAAAGUGGCAUUUACAGGCUAUAUUUUUAAGAAUGUGCUGUAAUAAGUUGAAUGAAAGUGAAAAGUGAGCAAACGGAGUGAAACUGAUGGAUUUGCGAUCGAUGCAAAGAAUGAUUUGUGUUUUUGUUAUAUGGACAAUCACCACUCAAACUUCAUAUUAGAAACAACACUGGGGUCAAAUACGCUUUGUUGCCUAUUAGGAAAGAGUCGACUUAUGUAUUAUAUAAAUGUAUACACCUUACUUACUGUAUUCAUUGGUAAAUGGACUAUAGACAUUCAGCCUAGCAGUGUCACAUUAUUGCAACUCACUAUUCAUGUGUGGUCCCUGGAGCGUGUGUUUGUGUGACUGACUGGAAGUUUUAGUGUUUGUGUAUUCAUAGUCACCAACUUAAACAAAUGUGCAGUGAUGCCAACUGUCCAACUCACUUAGUGCACCAACAGUAAUACAGCGAGACAGAAACAAGGCGUGGUGUUGUUCAGCUGUGGCUUCUUCUUCUUCUUCUUCUUCUACAGGCAUCAGGCUUUUGUGAGAUUACAAGCACGGUCCUGAAGUCACCAUCUAACAUCCAAAUGAUGGCCGAAAGGAUAAACUGGAUUGAAUUAAAAUGGCCAGUAGAGGGAGUCAGCCAGCAGGAUGUUGUCAGCUCAGACAGGGUAUCUGCUGAUUCCUUACAAUAUGAGACUCUGUUUAAUGCUUCCUAAGAUUAAUGCCAAAAUAGAAAAGCAUAUUUAAAGAGGCAUAAGGUUAAAUUAGAUCCAGCGAAAAGAUUUGCAUGUUAUUCUGUUCUGUUCAGCAGGCACUUGAAGAGAUUCCAGUACAUACAAAAGCCUUAAUAGAUCUGCAGACACCCUGUCAACGGUGGUGUCAUGUGUGACAUCAGGCGAUAACACACCAGAGUGAGGAGGAGGAGGAGGAGGAGGAGGAGGCAGGUCAGACCAGGUUAGACUCUGCACAUUCAAACUAAAUCCUUCUGGAACAACUACUAGAAAUAACAACUGUGUUUUUGAUCACACUGGAAUUUAGGAUUCUUUUAUUUUCUGUUCUUCUGUAUGCUCGAGUUUGUUUUGUAAUAAUUUCACUGUAAAUGACCAUUACUGUGUAAAUCAAGGCAAAGCCAAACUGUCAUCUCAAUAAAACCAAGCUUGAAGGAAA